GUACAGGUGAGUUUUACCUGAAGAGGGCGCUGUCCCAUGACCUGUUUUGAAAAGGCAAGUAGAGAUUGUCGCCAUUUUGUGUGCGGCGACUGAAAACAGGAAAGGUAUGUGACUGAAACAAAGACUUCAUCAUGCUGUUUGUGAAUAUUGUCACAUGCCUCGUGGGCAUUGCUCUACUAGCAUGUCCUGCACAUGCACAGUUAUCACGCCCUCCUAACAUGGUCCUUAUGCCAGAUGAAACUAUCUUUUUCAAGGACGGAGAGACUGUUGAGUUGCCCUGUAAAGCAGAAGCUGAGCCUGCACCUUUAUACACAUGGAGAAGGGAUGGCAGGCUUUUUGAACCAUCUGGUAAUGAUGAUCGAUGGGUUCAGCUUCCUGGAGAAGGAACCCUGGUUUGUAAUAGACCUGAAGCCAAGGAUGUGGCCAUGUACCAGUGUUUUGCCACUAACCAGCACGGAACGGCAUUAUCCUUGAAUAUCAACCUUCAGCAAGGUCGUCUUGAAACUUUCCCUGAAGCUGAAGCUCAAACCAUUGAGAAAUCCUUAGGGACACCAGUGACUCUGCGAUGUGUUCCUCCUACCAGUCUCCCCACAGCAGAUAUCACCUGGAUAUUGCGUGACCAGAGUGGAUCCUUCACUGUCAUUGACUAUGAUAGUCAUAUUACCAUGGAUUAUUUUGGUAAGCUGCACAUCACCAACCUGAAACCUGAAGAUGUGAACACCAACAGAGCAUAUGUGUGUAUGGCGAUCAAUGAGUUUAUGAGGAAGAAUGCCCUGGGAUCACCCAUAUACCUUGUUUCCACAGGACAGGAGACAACCAAUACAGCUGUCGGGAAUCUGUGGAGUUCACCUGUUGAAACAAAAGGUUUGCUGGGUGGGACAGCGAGAAUGAAGUGUAUUUUUGCUGGAAAUCCAACCCCACGUGUUGAGUGGCGAAGAGAUUCUGGACCUAUUCCACCUUUAAGAUCUAAUCUUGAGAGUUUUGGGAUGGAACUGGCGAUCAGUGACCUUGAAUAUGCAGAUGAGGGAGAGUAUGAGUGUCUGGCAAAUAAUGAUUUUUCAACACGCCCUGUCAGUAAAACCUUCAGACUCACUGUUAUGUCCAAACCAGAGUGGCAGGUUAAACCGCAAGAUGUGGAGACUAGUGUGAAUGGCAGGGCGGUUUUCAUGUGCAAGGGGAAAGGGAAACCGAGACCACAAGUUGAUGUGACUAUUGAUGGAAAGCCACUAGCAAGCAUUCCAACAAACCCGCGAAGAAUUGUGAACAGAGGUGCUGCUGAUAAUGAGGAUAGUGUUUAUAUCAAUGUAACCUAUGUGAAUCUAACAAAGAGUGACACACAAGUCAUUCAGUGUAACAUCUCAAAUACCAAUGGGUACAUAUUUACCAACGCUUAUCUGAAUAUUCUGGAGGAUCCCCCUGAGUUUGUACGUCCACCUCGCCCACAAGUUAUUGUGGCAGAGGGUCAGUCUGUGAAUCUCUCCUGCCAAACUACUGGCAAGCCAGAUCCAGUCAUCACCUGGUUUAAGGAGGGAAGACCUAUAACUGGAGGCCGCUAUAUAACCUUGCUCAAUGGGGAUUUGUUAAUAAUGUCCGUUGUGUUGGCAGAUGCAGGACAUUUUGGAUGUGAGGCUGCAAACAAGUUUGGGAGUAUAUCUGCCAAUGGAACCUUAGCAGUGAGACGGCGAACAAGGAUUGAACAGCGACCUCUAGACUUGGAGGUCAUUGCUGGAAAUGAUGCCAAGUUCACAUGUUCUGCAACGACGGACACAGAUGAAGUAAAACAGCUGGAGAUUUUGUGGGAGAAGGAUGAUAAACCAAUCACACCGGAUAAUCAGAGAAUGACCAGCAACUAUCAGGAUAAUUCCUUAACCGUGACUGGAACAAUAGCUAGGGAUUCUGGUCGGUACACCUGUGUGGCGACCAAUGGUUUGGACAAUGCCACAGCUUCAGCUAUGUUGACUGUCAAAGGAAGGCCUGAUCCACCCACAGGUGUGACAGUGAUAGACUGCUUUCAGGACAAAGCAAUUUUGGAGUGGAGCCCUGGAAGCAAUAACAAUGCUCCAAUCCUGCACUUUAUUGUUCAGUAUAACACCACCUUUACACCAGAUAUCUGGACUUUUGCCCAACAAGUGAGGAAAACACAGAACAAUGCUGAAAUACCGCUGACACCUUGGGCAAAUUACACCUUCAGAGUGCUGUCUUCAAAUAAGAUAGGUGACAGCGAACCCAGCGAGCCAACACUGAGAGUCUGCAACACCAAACCAGAUGUUCCAUACACUAAUCCAGCCAAUGUCCGCACCAUUGGAGAAAAGCAGCGGUCGCUCAUUGUAGAGUGGACAGAAAUGCCACAGAUUCAGCAUAAUGGACAAGGAUUCCAGUACCUGAUGUCUUACAGACGUCUGGGAGAUUCUUCCUCAAACUGGGAGAAGAGGACAGUAUCAGAUUAUAAGGAAACUCGUGUUGUGAUAGACAAUGUAGUGACUGAGCCAUACCAGCCUUUCGAGAUUAAGGUUGUUGCCCAUAACUCUGUGGGAGAUGCACGAGCAGACGCACCGGUUAUUAUUGGCUACACUGGAGAAGAUGAGCCUGCGUUCAUUCCUACUGGGUUGGAACUAAAUGACAAAGAUUAUGAUCUCACUGCCACCACAGCCACACUAGAGUGGGAUCCUUUACCUGAUUCAGAGAGCAGUCGACGUAACAUGAAGGGCGAGUUUAUGGGAUACAGGAUUCAGUAUUGGAAGCAGAAUGAGAAGAUGGUGACAUUUCGUGAACAGCCAGUGCCACACAGCUCAUGGAAUAGCAGUAGGGAUUUCUGUCGCCCAGGCAAAGCCUGUGUUGAGCUAACCAAUCUUUUCCCAUAUUCCUUCAUAGAGGCACAGGUUGUUGUCAUGAACAACUUUUACAUUGGUCCACCUUCACCUGCAAUUGUAUUUCAAACAUCGGAAGGUGUUCCUGGCCCAGUAAAAGAAUUCCGUGCUAUUGUAGCAGGACCAAAUCAUUUCCUGUUGAGCUGGGAAAAACCAGAGAUAACUGAUCAAAAUGGUGUAAUUCGUGGAUAUGAUAUUGGAUUCCAAACAGUUGAUGGCCUUGACCUUGGAAAGAUGCAGGAUCGUGAACCUCAGAUUAAUGAUCUAAAUGUUGUGCGGACAACUCUUAGUGGUUUACGCCCCAUACAGAAGUACAGGGUUCACAUCUGGGCACGUACAAUCAAGGGACGUGGAGAGGACUACUUCAUUGAAGUCACCACAACCAGACCUGGAGCUCCUGAUGCUCCUAAGUUUACUUUCUCCUUUAUUGGUGAGCACAUGCUUAAUGUGACCUGGCAACGACCAAUUGAGGCUGGAGAGAAAGCAGGCAGUAUUUAUUAUGUGGAAUACAAGAAACUUGGUGCGUCAGAAUGGAUGCAGACACCUGAGGAAUCGGUCAAUCAGUGGUCAAAUGUAACAGGCCUUGAGUCUGGCACUGUGUACCAAGUGAGAGUUGUGGCCACCACAGGUACCCUCCUCACUACCAGUGCCAUACAACAGGUCACUACAGUAGGAGUGGGAGCUAUCCAGAUUGCAGGAGCCGGAUGGUUGGUGGGAAUGAUGCUGGCCAUUGUCUUGGUUAUCAUCAUCAUAAUCCUGAUCUGUGUUGUUGUCGUCUUCCUCCGCAAAAACUGUGAAAACGUCAUAGGUAAAAACAGGCAUGAAGAGGACUAUGAAGAACCCAGGGGCGCUCCCCCCAUGAGAGAGACGCAUUCGCAGUACCCAUCGAGAUUGUACCCAUCAUCCUAUCCCAGCGAAUCCGACUACCCCAAGGGGCCUGCUAAGGGGUACUAUGAUAACCAGCAGUUCCAGUAUGACGAUCCUCCAGGGGAGCGUUCACCCAGCAUGAGCAGGAGCCCUUAUAUGAGUGAUGGUAUGGACAAGGGGCCACCAUCCUACAGCGAUGUGGACAACUAUGAAGAGUUUGAAGACCCAGAGGGUCAAGAGGCUGGAAAGUUUGACCAGGACGGCUUCAUCCAUUCCCCGGCCAGUAACCAUGCCCCUUCACCCUCGUACGCCCCUUCAUCCCAGGCUCAAGAACCAGCUACACCCUCAGCCAUGUCAACCUUUGUAUGAUCCACUGUAUGAUGGUCUUAGUGGAUGAUUUCUUGUUUUGAGAUCUGCUACAAAAGUUAUGUUAUAUUUUAUUCAAACCAGAGUGUCACUUUUUUUAACAAACGUGCUUGACUUUGUAAGAUGCGUGGUUGUGUUGCAUGAGAAUUUGGCUUUCAAACUCAUGCCAGAUGUUAAAUAGCAUAAUGACCAAAUUCAUCAGCUUCAUCAUACAGAGUGUCCUGAACUAGGGUUGGCAGCAAAACUUGUACAUAUAUACAUGUGAGACUGAAUGCAAUCUGCUACUACAUUUUAUAACACUGAGAAUAGAUGGUUUUUUAUCCCUCAAAUUGUCACUUGCCAUUGUAGAAUGCUCUUCUUUGACUUUUUUUGUUCAUUCUGUUAAUUUUAAUUCAGCUUUUUAACAUCUAUCUAACCUAUAUCAAUCCCCUGGGAUAUAGUGUGUUGUUGUGUAUGUUUAUAAUUCCGUAUCCCAUAUUAAAGGAUUAUCUUAAGUACGCAAAUGUAACCAAUACCUAAGGCUGAUUCCAUUUAUCCAUUAUUGACUCAUGUCAACAUUUUAUCCAUUGUAACAAUGCUUAUUUUAUGGUAGAGGAAGAUGACAUUUUGGCACAUCUGUCUUUACAUUUCUGAGGUGAUAAAUAAAUUUAACUUAUAGCACUAAGAAAUAAGCUCUAAAAUUGAAUUACAGAUUUUAGCAGGAGUCAAAAAUAGCUUUGUGGAAUUAGCCACUAAGAUUUGCUAUCAAUGCUAAGUCUUUAUACAUUAUUUUAAUUCCCUAUGGUUUUUUUUUUUUUCAAUUUAAAGAUAUAUUGUUGUGAAUAAUACACUGAUUGUUACAUUUCUGAUGAUUCAUUCAAUUUUGUAAUAAAUCACAACAUUGUAUACAUAGGUUUCACUUUGUUACAUUAUGAGUAUACAUGUUGAUUACAUUAUGUAUAUAAAUAACAACAUGCUUCCUCUUCAUAUUAAAGAAAGCAUUUUUAUCAUCUAAUUCAAUUAACAUUGUGAAUAACUCCAGGUCUGCAUAUGGCAACAUUAAUUACUUUAAGGUUUUGCAUAAAGUUGUAAAUGUGCACUGUUCCAAUAGAUUUUUAGCUGUGGUAUGGUAUAGAUAAAAUUUCUAAAUAUCUGUACCAGGGCAUGUUUAUAGAAGAAGUAAAAUAUUGUUCAGAGAACUUUUAAAUUGUAAAUUAAAUUGUAUGGUUGCCAUAUUGAGAAAGACUGUCUUGUUACAUUGUUUGUAUAGAUCAAAUAUAACCAUGAUGCAUAUAUUGAUUAGUAGCCUGUGCUAUUUUUCGGAUGAUUUAUUUUACUGUAUAUCUCAUUUUAAGUGUAAAAUGCAUCAAUUGCUAUAUCAAUCACAACAUAGUUUACCGAAAUAGGAUAUUUAAUCGAUACAUAUACAUGUAAUAUCACAUUAAGAACUUUUGUACAUAAACUGAUUUUAUACAAUGUAAUAAAUAAUUUUAUACAUAACUGUUGUCAAGAUUGUUUUAUUUUGAUUCUGAAACAUCGAUCAAGGUCUCCCAAAUACUAACCUAUACAACAGUUAACCGGAGCAACCUUCCCCAGCAAAUAUAAUUCGGGGCCAUUAUCAAGCUCUGUUAAGGGUGUUGUUCAUCCCUGCCUUUGCGAUGACCUGCCUUAGAAAAAAUGAUCUGUUGAAUUUAACAAAGUCCGAGUGAUGCUAGAAUGUAUUCUGUUAUUAUAACACAAUAUUGUCAUAUUUAACUUAAUGGCUUGUUAAUCUAAUAGAAUCGCAAUGUUGAAUAAGUAGAAUGUUUGCUAUAUUAACCAAUAUUCUGUGGCAAUAACUUAAUACAUUCUAGCUUCACGCGGACAAAUACUGUCAGUUAAAGUUAGAUUAUUUUUUCGAGAGUGGGCUAAUUGGUGAUGUAUUAUUCCUUGUAUGCAAGAGAACAUUUAUGAGUUUAGCUUGGAUCCGAUUAUACCCUUGUGUUCAAAAUGAAUCACUGAUGAAAAAUUUACAUUUUGACGUUGACGAGUAGUGCAUUAGUUAACAUAUCUGUACGUCGGAUAAAGGUUACAUCUCAUCUAAGUGGUUUCUGAGUUGGAAGGUACAUGCAAUUAUAGCAAUCCGUCAGUCUAUACGUCAUUUCAAGAAGGUUUUGCGCGGGUUAUAUAAAUAGUGUCAACAUUCCUUGUUUGACAAAUCAGGGA